GCGUGCAGAGGGUGGGACCAAUGGCCCCCCACAUAUCCACCUGAGGGGGAGGGGGGCUUCCAUAACAAACCACAUGACCAUACUGUGUUUCUGCAAGGUGUGAUGGGGUGUGGCCCCAACCCCUUUCUGGCGCCGCCUCUGCGCAGGUGUCUGCUUGAAAAGAGAACACGCACAUGCAUACAGACGCACACACAGCACAAGAAUGUGGACGACAACGAUGCUCGCCAUGUGGAUCACAGUGUGUUUCAUCAUGAGAGGCUUUUCCACGACAACAGUCCCACCGUCGCCGUCGACGAGCAGCCCGGGAACGGCCGCCGGCACGUCGACCAACAUGUCGACAGUUCUCAUGACAACCAAGCAGCAGCCAAACAACACCGGACAGUACACCACGGUUCCUGUCUCCGCAGGAACAAACGCCAGCACUGGCGCCAAUAACACGACCGGGAAUGGCACAACCGCCAUGAUGACAUCCAUGCCGACAUCCGCCAACGCCACCUCCGUAACCACAGGGGGCGCUGCGAGCAAGACCUCUAUCCCAGCGGGUAGUGGUGCCAACGUUCCCGGUUGGGGAAUCGCUCUUCUGGCUCUGGGUGCUCUGCUCCUCGGGCUCCUCCUCCUCAUGCUCAUGGCCAUGAUAUUUUGGUGUUGCUGCAACAGGGGGCGUUACAACCAUCAUGACGACAUCCCGCUGUACACCACGCACUCUCGACUUUGGACUGCCGAUUCUGCCCCCGCCUAUAAGGACAUGGACAAAGACACCGAGAUGACCAAGUUCAAGCGAGUGGGUUCGGCUCGGUGAAUUCAAGCAUUGAAGUUCUCCUUUGUCUCUGUGUAGAGCGCGCCAAUUCAUCAAUCGUUAAUAAACAGCCGCCGACUGCUUCGCUCUCAAUUCUUUUGCCGUUCCCAUUGAUGACAACAUUCCCGUUUUGUCCAUUGGGAAGGGCGCUCGCCACGUGAACCUUCCCACCGCCCCGCUAACGUGGAACAUGACAAUCAUACGAGCAAACCUUCUUUAGAGAGAUGAAUACCUUGGUGACAUUUAGACAAACGGUGGAUUGGCCAACAGUCAAUGUCAAGACAUGUAGAAAAAUGAUGGAUUGGUCACCAGGCUCUCAUCGGGCACAGGCAGACAGACAAUAAAUUGGUUGUCAGUAUCAGGGAACGUAGACAAACGGCUAUCGAUUUUCACGCACACGCACCUACGGACAAUAUGGCGUCUUGGAUGCAGCCAGCAAGCAUGCUAAAAUGUUUUAGGGAUGACACACAAAAUCUCAACUGGAUUCCAGCUCACGAGAUAUAUCUCAAUUGGCCAGACUUUAUUAUACCAGUGUUCACAUUUUGAAAUGAUCACUUCUACAAUAUUCUUGGAGAGUGACAGUGUCCCAUCACUGGUGAGCUAUUUUUGCAAUAGGCCCACAGGUUACUCAUGUAGUCCUUGAGGGCUCCUUGACGCAUUUUCUGUAUGCAGCCUAUUAUGUAUGUGUGUAUUUUGGGUGUGUGCUUGUAGAAUGAGUUGAGUGACGUUAGAUAUUGUGUUUGUCUUAUCCAAUGUAACGACACACAGCAGAUCACAUAAAAAUCGUUUUGGACGAUAUAAAACAAAAACAAAGAAGUGAUGGGUUUAGAAAAAAUAAACAAAAACAUCUCAUUUGGGAAAAAUAAAACUGAGUCGUUGGUUUUGGGG